AGACACUGGACCCCGAGCGGCUCCCGAACUUUGCAAUACAGCACGAGUGGGUCUGAAGUUUGGCUGCUCGCCUGUCCGGAAGAAUGGCCCCAGCGCUGCACCUCCUGUGGCCUCUGCUGCUGCUCCCAGCAGGUCUCCUGGCGAUCCCAGUCCUGAAUCAAACCCCAACUUCCGGACCUGUCUCCGCGGCACAAACCGCCCGCUUAGAGUGUCGGAUGCAGAACGGAAAUGUUGCAAAUUACUAUGUAUAUUGGUAUCGACAGCGUCCCGGGGAGAGACCAGAGUGGUUGAUAAGGUAUGAUACGGAUAAUGAAAUAUUCCGUGGCAGUGGGAUCACUGACCGUUUCCAGCCGUCCAGAGAUACUUCCGCCAACAGCUGCAUCCUGACCAUCGGCACCGUGGAGCCCGGAGACGCCGCCGUCUACUACUGUGCCGUGUGGGAAAGCGGCGUGGGAUACUUCUUCAGCCCUGGGACUAUCCUGGAAAUAAAUAGUAGCGAGUCUCGGAAGCCCUCGCUUCUCCUGCUCCCUCCGUCUCCGGAGGAAACUGGCACGGGCUCGGCCACACUCAGCUGUCUGGUGAGCGGCUUUAAGCCGGGCUUCGUGGCGCUGCGCUGGGCCGUGGACGGCGUGGAGACGGAGAGCGGGGUGACGUCGGGCGCAGUGUCCCCGGACGCCGAGCAGACGUACAGGCUGAGCAGUUACCUGCGGGUCCCCGCCGCCGCAUGGGACAAGGGCACGAGCUAUUCCUGCAGCGUAGCCCACAGCUCUCUGGGCUCGCCUCUCCGCCACACCGUCUCCUCAUCCGCUUGCGCGAACUGAGUUCGUGCCAUUGGCAUCGGCUGCCAAUUAUCUGCUAUGUUUAACACAGAGAGAGCUUCACAAUGGUCUGCCGCCACAUUGUGCAAUGUAACCUAUAGCAAUGUCCGCUUCUGGGAACAACACGAAUAUGUAAUUAUCUCAGAGAUCAGUGCGAAUUUCGUUGUAGAUUUGUCUCCAGUUCUAUGUGUCUUACUGCCUCUGUCUGUAGAAUGGGGGCAGAUUCCCCUGUAGACAGUAACCGUGUUGUGAUUGGAUCUGGUGUAACUCAGCUCUCAAUAAAGAGGAAAAAAUGCAGU